UGGCGUCGGAGUUCUCUUUGGAAUGAAGUGCAGCACGUAGAUGAGAGUGAAACCUGUUCUGUUACCUCUGCACAGCAGACGUGCAUGUCUUCAUGACUUCACCUCUUGCUGCUCGGGCAGCAGUCGGUUCUGUUCACGGAUUACCUGAGUUUUGUGGUCUCUGAGAUGCCAUCUCCCACUGAGGGGAGAUUGUUAAGCUCUGUUAAAUGUGGAACACCUCAGAUGAACUGCUUAACAAGCUGAUGGCAGCACAGGCUUCUGAAACUGCAAGCUUGGAGGAGCAGUUGCAAGGAUGGGGAGAAGUGAUUUUGAUUACAGAUAAAGUUCUUCGCUGGGAGCGAGCCUGGUUUCCUCUGGCACUGAUGAGUGUUGUUUCCUUUUCUUUCCUGAUGAUCUACUAUUUGGACCCAUCAGUUCUCUCAGGCGUCUCCUGUUUCGUUAUGUUCCUCUGUUUGGCUGAUUACCUGGUUCCUGCUCUUGCUCCUCGAAUCUUUGGCUCUAAUAAGUGGACCACAGAACAGCAGCAAAGAUUUCAUGAGAUUUGCAGCAAUUUGGUGAAGUCUCGCCGCCGGAUUGUUGGCUGGUGGAAGCGCCUCUUCACUCUGAAGGAAGAAAAGCCUAAAAUGUACUUCAUGACCAUGCUCUUUGCUCUUGCUGUGAUUGCCUGGAUUGGACAGCAAGUUCACAAUCUCUUUCUGACCUAUCUAAUUGUGAGCUUCUUGUUACUGUUUCCUGGACUAAACCAACAUGGGAUCAUCACAAAGUACAUUGGAAUGGCAAAAAGAGAGAUCAACAAACUUCUCAAGCACAAGGAAAAGAAAAAUGAAUGAAGACUAAACUGCUGUUGAUUCUAGCAAAAGGUUUCUUGGGAACAGUUUUGAGAAUUAAUGUAUAAUUAAGACAAUAGAAGUUGUAUUGCUCACUGACUUUUUUUUUUUAAUUGGCUCCCUGAUGAAGUGAAAAAGUCACUCCAGCAACUGCUCUGGGUUUGUCUCUUGCUGUGCUGUGUAGGGUUCUGCAGCCUGGAGCUGAUCCUGUCUGAGAGAUCCUUUCCUUUGAUGUAUGAAGCUUGUUAUGUGUCUUCAUCAAACUAAGAUACCCUGUGCAUAACCACCCCAACAGAGAGCUGUAAUGCCUGAUAGGAUUUCUGUUACUCUAUUAGUUUUGCUGAUCAUUAAUUGUGGCUGCAGCAAGUGUGAGAGGCAGUUCUGAAUGCUGAUGCUUCUUGGAGGCUUGUUACUACUGAUCCUUGUGGCAGGAGGACAAUUAGCUGAGUGAGAAUGGCCGUGGCUGAGGGCCCCCAUCUAAAAUGGGGGCAGAAAGUGGUUCCAUUGUCUCACUAAAUCUGCUUUUGGCCGUGUGUACCUGAGAGUGUGUUGAGUAGGGGUCUGGAAUAUAUCAAUUUGUUGUUCAGUUAUUUAGCUGUAGUGUAAACUCAUUGCACUGAGACUGUAGAAAAUGAGUGAAGGUGUGUGUAACCUUAACAGCUGAUUGUUCUGGAAACUGCUGUUGUCAUGGAGCCUUGUAGCACGUUUGGUUUAAUGAAUGUUUGUCUGUACACAAAAUCACUCUGAAUAUGCUGAGUUUGACUCUGUAAAUAAGCCUGAAUUGUUUGUGCUUUUUCUAUGAUCUCUCCCUCCUUUUUUAAAACUGAACUUUUUUUCUUUAAAAAGCUAAAACCUGUGUUAAUGUUUUAAAAGUUUACUGUUUUAAAAUGAACUCUCUUCAGUGUCUAUUGUAACUGUUGAAUAGGUAAAUACAGACUAAAGAGAAACUA